AUGGUGAAGAGUACGGUAUGCCUUAUAGCAUUAUUGAGUGUCGUGUUUGGACAGAACAAUGGACUGUACGAGUUGAACAUCAUACAUUACAAUGACUUUCAUGCCCACUUCGAUGAAGUCAGUCCGACCGGAGGGGUUUGCAAACCAACCGAGAGUUGCAUCGGGGGAUUCGCUCGUCUGUAUACGGCCGUAAAGCAGGCUUUGGAAGCAGAACCCGAUUCGCUGCUUCUUAAUGCGGGGGACACAUUUCAGGGUACAAUCUGGUACAACUUUCUGAGGUGGAACGUCAGUCAACACUUCAUGAAUAUGCUUCCGCAUGACGCUCACGUUCUUGGUAACCAUGAGUUUGACCACGGCGUUGAAGGCUUAGUGCCAUAUCUAGAGCGCUUAAACUCAACAAUGUUGGGUGCCAACGUGAAUACCACAUUCGAGCCUGAACUAGGAGCCUAUGUCAAGAAUCAUGUAGUGGUGACACGCCGAGGAAGGAGGAUCGGUAUCAUUGGAGUGCUUUUGCGACAGUUUUCCGCGCCAAUAGGACAAGUUAUAAUGGAGGACGAGCUCGAGGCCGUUAACCGUGAAGCAGCAAUACUCACGGCACAAGGCGUCGAUAUCAUCAUACUGCUGUCUCACGUCGGCUACACAAGCGACUUAGACCUAGCACGCCGCGUGUCACCAUCGGUGGACAUCAUCGUAGGCGGUCAUUCUCAUUCCUUGCUAUAUAAUGCCGAAGCUCCGGAUAGCACCAGACCAGUCGGUGAAUACCCGACUGUGGUCACAAGGGAUGACGGACGACGAAUUCUGGUGGUGCAAGCGUACUGUUACACACGCUACUUGGGCAAUAUAAAACUGUAUAUAAACGAACAAGGCGUCGUAGAGUCGUGGGAGGGAAUGCCCAUCUACUUGGGGACAUCUAUUGUGCAAGAUCCCCGCAUACUCGAAGAAUUAGAACCAUGGAGACAGGAGGUGGAUGCUGUUGGGAAAGAGGUUUUGGGCAGAUCCCUGGUGACGUUAGGUCGGUCUUGUUACAGCGGCGAAUGCAAUCUCGGCAAUUGGGCUUGCGACGGAUUUCUCGAGCAAGUGAUGGAAAGAGCAUCGGGCAACGCUUGGAACGACGUGCACGUUUGCAUGAUGAAUGCGGGCGGUCUCAGAAUGCAAAUAAAUCCUGGGGACGUGACAACAGAAGUCCUUUUGAUGUCCAUCCCUUUUGAGAAUUACGUUGAAGUUUACGAUCUCAAGGGCGAGUACCUUCUGCAAGCGCUAGAAUUUUCGAUCAAUGUAACACAAACAACACCCGGAUCUUUCUAUAGCAGUCGUAUGCUGCAGAUUGGAGGUAUGCGUAACGUAUAUAACGCAUCCGCCUUGGCUGGAUCGCGCGUUGUGUCUGCGAGUGUACGCUGCAUUGAAUGUGACGUACCGCGUUACGAGCCGCUCGACGUAAACAAAACUUACCGCGUGCUCACGCAGAAUUAUAUCGGCGAAGGCGGAAGUGGGUUUUCGAUGCUGUCCGAAAAUAGAGAAAACGUAGAAAAUUUAGGGGUGGAUUACGUGCUGCUUCAGCGUCACAUGAGGAAGCAGGGCACUAUCCUACAAGAUUUGGACGGACGGAUAGAAAUCGUGUAUUAA